GUUUUACUUUGCCUCUAGUAUGUAAACAAAUGUCAUCUCUGUAGAAGGAAAAAAUACAUUUUCGAAACUUUACGCUUAAUAAAUUUUAUUUUCCUUCGCAAGAAUGGAAACUAUGCCCAGUAAUAAACACAAACUAUCGGAUACCGAUCAGAGUUGCCGCGAGACAAUAGAUUUAGACAAGCAGGCCUCUCCCCCGCCGAUGCUGCCAGCGCACGGCCUCCAGUCGAUGUUCGAAACGAUCGACUACCUGAUUGUGCACGAUGGUUACCAGUGUGCAGCCUGUCCGACGGAGAGACGUCGCAGUUUUCCGGAUAUGCCCGAACUGCGACGACACAUGGUGAAGCACGUUAACGGGGGACGCACCACCGGGCGGCACACAGAAAUUCGCUGCAACCACUGUAAUCGGACGUUCGAACGAGUCGACAACUUGCGCAAACAUCUAAUGGAGGCGCUAAACAAAGAGUACGGUCAGCCUCCGAAGGUAGAAGACGACGAUGGAUCCGAGAAGGAUGUUGAACGACAUAUUGCCAGCGAAGCACCGGUAAAUUACAUAAUCAAAAACGGCUGUCUGACCUGUUCGGUUUGCGACGCUGAGUUUGGAGUGCCGACGCGGUGGAACAAGGAAAAGUUUAAAAUGCACGUCGGCAAAGAGCACUGGAAAACCCCCGCCUAUCGGUGUGACGAAUGUGGUCGUAGGUUUAUCGACCCUGGAACGCUGGAAAAGCACAUGAAGCAGCACGUGGAACUGAUCGAUGUGGGCUGGAUGGGUACGAAACCAUCCACUUCUACUAGUACAAAAACCGAACGCGACAUUGAUUCCGACUCAGAUGAUGCUAUGGACUCCAAACUGUUCGAUGAAAGCAUGAAACUCGCAGUUGAACUGGAUGAAUUGCCGGCACCGGAAGUACACAUCAAGGUUGAACUGGAAGACGAGGAAAACCCCUUGCUGGUUGAAGAUACCAACGUGGAAGAUUCCAAUAGUUCAUCCGUCCACUCAGGCUCAACUUCCAGUUCCAGCUCUGAAUCAGACUGUAACGAAAAGUCACCCAGGAAGAAAGAGAAAUCCACAGUGAAAUCUAAACUAAAACAUUUCAAGAAAAGAAAAAAGGUCGCAUGUCGGAAAAUUCCUGGGGCUAAAGAUGGAUCUAUCAUCCUGGCUUGCAACCUGUGCGACGAAGGUUUCCUGCUGCAGAAGCUACUCGAUCGCCAUAUGGUGCAACAACAUGAUGACCGAGAGCGCCCCUUCAGCUGCUCGUAUUGCGCCAAAACUUACAUGACCAAUGGAAACUUGCAGGAGCACAUUCGAAUGGUGCAUACGGGGGUAAAGUUUCCCUGCAAAGAGUGUGGGGUUCAACUGUCAACCAAAAGUUCUUGGAAGCGGCAUAUUAAGGGUCACACGGAAGAAGGUUUCGGUUGCCAUCUCUGCACAGAAAAAUUUUCUUCGCAUUCUGUGCUGGCAAAGCACAAACGACGCGUUCACGAUAAAGUGGCAAACCACUUUAUUUGCGUGGAUUGUGGCAAUACGUACGACACGAAUGCAGCCCUCCGGGAGCACAGGAUUUCGCACACUGACGAGCGACGUUGGGAGUGUGAUGAGUGUGGUAUGAAGUUCAAACGAAAUCACAAUCUAAUAAACCACCGGAAAAUACAUUUGGUCGAGAAAAGAGUAGUCAAACUAAAAUGUCAAGACUGUGAAGAGGAGUUCCCCUCUAAAUCAGCCCUAGCUAGUCAUCGAUCGAUUCAUGGCAAAUUUUGCUGUCGAUUAUGUUCUCGUACGUUCGAUUCUAUAAGCGACCUACUGCAGCACCGUCGAGAGGAGCACAAAGACAGCGUUAAGGAUACAGCUGUCAAUUGCCGUACCUGCCAUAAACGGUUUGCCGACCAGGAGGAACUGUUGAAACAUCGCGAAGAAGAGCAUCCGCAGGAGGUCCCGAUAGUGUGUAACAUUUGCAAGGCUACCUUCAUCUCGACGGUUGCUCUGCGAGCUCAUCAGCGUGAGCACCAGCGGGUGAUUCUCUACAAUUGCCCCAACUGCCCGGAAACGUACAAUUCCCAGCUGCUACUGGAAACGCACAUAAAAGAGCAGCAUGCCGACUGUAAGAACCAUGUUUGUGAUCUCUGUGGCAGCGGUUAUCCAACGCGCAAGCAGCUGGUAUCGCAUUUAGGUAGACACCGGAAUCCGAAUAGAAAGAAAACCUCCAACAUACCUGGACAUUUCAUGUGUGACAUUUGCGGGAAGGAGUUUAAUUUCCGUGUUACUUUGAAGCGACACGUGAUCAAUUUCCACGAUAAUGACCGGAAAUUUCAGUGUCAUGUGUGCGAGAAAGUUUUGCUAUCGUCAGAAGGAUUGAAGCUGCACCUGAGAAGCCAUUCGGAGGAUCAGCUGGUAAUGUGUGAGCUGUGCGGCAAAGGAUUCUCGCAGCCGUACCGGUUGCGAGAGCAUAUGACACGCCAUGCACGGGAAUCCAACGAACAGCGCUGUCGCAUUUGCAACCGGGCCUUCCGCGAUCCGGCCAAGCUGGAGCUGCACCUGAAGUCACACAGCGGUGAAACGGAGUUCUGCUGUGUACCUUGUCAUCGUUACUUUGCCACCGAUCGACACUAUCGGUUGCACGUAAAGCGAAUGCAUGAGUCCGGAGCGACCUGUCCGGUUUGUGGCAAGGUUUUCCCUACGGAGCGGAAGAUGAAAAGUCAUACCCGCAUUCACGACAACCCGCACUUGUUCGAGUGUCCAAAGUGCUUCGUCUGUAUCAAGGAGAAAAAGCACUUCGAUCGGCACAUGAAACAGCACGACAACGAAGGCAUCCGGCUACCAUGUGCCUACUGUCCGCUGACUUUUUCGAUGCCGAAAACCCGACGAAUUCAUGAGGCACGCUUGCACGGAGACGAGCAGAAGGAUGAAACCGUGAUAGGGGUAACGUCGACGGACGGAACAGUGGAGACGACGGGAAUCAGUCCGAAGCAGGAAUCGGUAACCGAUAUCAUUCCAGUAGAUAUAAAUGUGAGUUUUCCUGCCGUUCUGAUGAGGGAUGACGAGGUUAGUGUCGGUUAGUGAGUUUUGUGUAAAGUUUUACGUGUAUAAUAUAUUGUGGAGUACCUAGUAUUGUUUUCUUCUGAUAAA